AACCUACAGCAGCCGGGACGAGUGCACCCGAGCACGGCUGGGCGGUGCGGUGCGGUGGAGUGCAGUGCAGGGGGCGAGAGGCGAGGGAGGGGAUUUCGCUCCAGGAGAGAGGGGGGGGGGAGAAAAAAAAUCGAACAAGUUGCAAGAGAAAUGAGAAUCUAGCUGUCCGGCUAGCAUGCUAAGUGAUAAAAAUAGUCUCUUGUGAUCCCGAAGUGUGCAUGAUCCGCUAACGUUAGCACAGAGCACCAGCGACAGACACUCGAUCAAAUGAAUAUUUGAUCUGCUUUUUUACGCGCUGCUCGACACAAACGCGACUCUUGUGUGACAUCACGAGUACUUUACGUUGAGCUUAUCUUUUUUUUUUUUUCUCCGGGUGGGGGGUGGUCAGCAGCUCACGCUCACCCCAGCUAGCUGUUCGCUCCUCACGUGAAUUGCUGCUGCUGCUAUGUCGUCGUCAUCAUCAUCAUCCUAAAUGCCAUGGUUCUCGAGAUAAGCCGUUGAAGGACUAGAAGAAGCCACCGAGCGAGGCUCAGAAUGCAAAGCAUCCAGCAAAACGGGCGAGCCGGUCUUCUCUCCCGGUCACGGCGGCUCCCUGACCACGUCUCCCGUCACGCUGCUGCCGCCGCUGCGCAACCUCGACCCACUGACGCGGGGCAACCGCCAAGUGCAGUAAGCGCCGUCCUAUUCAAAGCCUUUGCCCUCAGGGUGGCGCUAAAGGGGCCAUGUCGGAGGGCGUGCACAUCACGCAAGUGUUGGACAACGGCGGCGUCAAGCGUCCGCAUCAGAGCGGGCCGCAGCUCAACGGCCUGGCGCCGCUCGCCCCCUCCCGGCCGGAACGCCCCGCCGCUGACCCGGACUCGGCCCAGCGCGGGCGCCCGGGCGCCGCCUCGCACAGACCGGCCGACGUCAAAGCCAAGCCGGCCGCCUCCACGCCGGAGCAGGCCAUGAAGCAGUUCAUGGCCAAGAUGUCGUCCUUCGAACAUCACGAGGUCUUCAGCUACACCGAGGUUUACUUUGUGGGUCCCAAUGCUAAGAAGAGGCCGGGGGUCCCGGGGGGCGCCAACAACUGCGGCUACGAUGACGAGCAGGGCUCCUACGUCCAAAUUCCGCACGACCAAAUCGCCUAUCGCUACGAAGUCCUCAAGGUGAUCGGCAAGGGGAGCUUCGGACAGGUGGUGAAGGCGUUCGACCACAAGACGCAGACGCACGUGGCGCUGAAGAUGGUCCGCAACGAGAAGCGCUUCCACCGGCAGGCGGCCGAGGAGAUCCGCAUCCUGGAGCACCUGAGGAAGCAGGACAAGGACUCCGGCAUGAACGUCAUCCACAUGCUGGAGAACUUCACCUUCCGCAACCACAUCUGCAUGACCUUCGAGCUGCUCAGCAUGAACCUGUACGAGCUGAUCAAGAAGAACAAGUUCCAGGGCUUCAGCCUGCCCCUGGUGCGCAAGUUUGCGCACUCCAUCCUGCAGUGUCUGGACUCGCUGCACAAGAACCGCAUCAUCCACUGCGACCUCAAGCCCGAGAACAUCUUGCUCAAGCAGCAGGGGCGCAGCGGAAUCAAGGUCAUCGAUUUUGGCUCCAGCUGUUAUGAACAUCAGAGAGUUUACACCUACAUCCAGUCCAGGUUCUACCGGGCGCCGGAGGUCAUCCUAGGUUCCAGGUACGGGAUGCCCAUCGACAUGUGGUCCCUGGGCUGCAUCCUGGCCGAGCUCCUGACGGGAUGUCCGCUGCUUCCGGGCGAGGACGAAGGCGACCAGCUGGCCUGCAUCAUCGAGCUACUGGGCAUGCCGGGCCAAAGGCUCCUGGACGCCUCCAAGCGGGCCAAGAACUUUGUGUCGUCCAAAGGCUACCCGCGCUACUGCGCCGUCAGCGCGCUGCCCGACGGCACGGCGGCGCUCAACGGCGGACGCUCGCGGCGCGGGAAGCUGCGAGGUCCGCCCCGCAGCAAGGACUGGAGCGUGGCGCUGAAGGGCUGUGACGACGCGCUCUUCCUGGACUUCCUCAAACAGUGUCUGGAGUGGGACCCUGCCGUUAGGAUGACGCCCAGCCAGGCGCUGCGCCACCCCUGGCUGAGGAGGCGACUCCCCAAACCACCCGCCGACAAGACGGCGGCGUCCAAACGCGCCCCCGCCGACGUCACCGCCAUCUCCAAGCUCUCGGCCAAAACCAGGACUAACCUGGCGCCCAUCACCGACGCCAACGGGAACCUCCAACCGCCGCGGACAGUGCUGCCCAAACUGCUCAGCUGAAAGUGAGCGCGCCCCAACGGCUUGAGGCUGGCCGGCUGGCUGGGGUGCGUUGGCACGGGACACACGGCAGCGCCCCCCCAGCGGUGCCACCGUUCAGGCUCCUCCGGUGGAGUGCCGCAGACAAUCAUCACAAAGGGUGCUGAAAGGCCAUUAUUUAUCAACAACGAAGACACCAAAACCCUUUGUUUUCUUCCGGAGGACAAAAUGUGCCAAGCGGCACGCUAAUCCGCGUCGGCCGGCCACACGGAGCCAUGAGCGGGCUUAGCUAGCAGAGAAGUCUUACAUCAGUAAGUUGACUCGAGUGCUUUGUUUUCAGUUCGCGCCAUGCUCAAAGAGGCUUCUUGUUUGGCUGCAAUUGGCAUCAUGAGACACCACCACGCUAACUCCUAUCAGAGGCCAAUUCAGGACAGACUUCAAAAGCAUGCAAUGCUUUCAUUUUGCUAAUACUGCCAAUUGAACGACAAAAAAAGAUGACCAUUGACCGUGAAGAGUCCCUGUUAACAGCGCGUUACACUGUGAGGGCGUCAACCCUUUUAAGCCAUUUUCUAUCCUCCGAUGUGUGCGUGCCGGCGCCAAAUCUCUCGCAUCAAGUGAACGCCUCACAAAGAGGCGUGAUGUUAUUUAUGAAUAUUUAUUAGACAUUUUUCUACCAGGAUGUGCAGCAAAUACUUGAAUGUGCGCGCAUGUUUAUUUGAAAACGCAAGUGGCAGGGGCACGACGGUGUUGACGAUGACGUUAGCGACGUGGCUCACGGUCGAGCCAACGCAAGAACACGCUACCUGUUUCCCCCUGCCCGAGUUGACGAAACAUUUUGUGCCUUCAAAGACGGGCGCCGAGCCACGAUGCGUUCUAUUACUGUUGUGAGAGGCGGGGCUAGGCGCAGACAUGUAAUCAGCCAGAUGAUGUCACUCGUCGCCAACGAUAAACACGGCAGGGCUAAGCUAACACUAGCCAAUCCACCGCUAGCGACAGAAAUCUAGCUGAUAUCCUGCACUGACGUUUGUUUUUGUACUCAUCAUGUGAGAACCGCUGAUAAAGCGCGAGUUACAGUUUUAAUGAGCGCUUAUACUGGUUGCUAGCAUAAGUUUUUUUUUUUGGACCGGGUCAUGCCAACUUGACUUGCGGGUGUCUAAAUGCUAACCACUGCGCUGCGCUAGAAGCAAGUAUCAACAAGCGUUUGAGCCAGCAGUUAGCAUGAGCGCUUUUGUUGUGGAAAGCAUCAACUAACACUAGCCAAUCAGCCGCCGGCAUCCAAAUACUUGCCUCUGCACUGCCACUGACGUUUGUUUUCUAUUCACGACCCACUGCCGACAGAGCGCUAGUAGCACAAGCACUGGAACUAGCUACUAGCAUUAGCGUCAUCGUUGUGGCUACCUCAAACUAAGCUCAGCUGUGAUGAUGACGACGACGACAUGACAAACACC